AUGACGUGUUCGGCUGUAGAAAAUAGCAGUGGUAAUGAUUCAAAGACGGAUUUACUGUGUCUUGAUGUUGCGCCUUCUGAGGAAGGGGUACCAAUUAGACCCUCCGCGCCUGUCCUCCCCGUUGAUAGUGAUGACGAAUCAAGUGAUGAAAAGGAGGCAAUAGCCGGUGUAAAAGGAAUAACCGUAACCCCAAUAUCUCACCGAACUAGAAACAGAGAAAAAGAAAAGGAAGCGCAAAAGGGGGGAGGUUUAUCGAAUGUGAUAGCACCCCUGCGGCAGGCGGUAGGUGUUGGGGGGGAACCAGUCUAUGUAAAAGUCCCGUUUUCGCCGGGGGAUUUAGUGAUCUGGAAGCAGUCGGCUGGUCCUUAUCGGGAAAACCCAGAUAAGGUUGCAAAAGUGAUUAAGAUGAUAAUUAAGACGCAGAAUCCUGAUUGGGAUGAUUUACAAGUCAUUCUAGAUACAUUAAUGGAUUCUACAGAAAAGGAUAUGGUUAUACGGGCUGCAAGGGAUAAGGUGAGAGAAGAUAUCCGAAAUGGGAGAGUAGAGGGGAAUGUUGAUGAGAAUUUUCCAAAGGAAGAUCCCCGAUGGAAUUAUAAUACAGGAGGCGGGUUAUGCCGUCUCCGGAGGUAUCAGGAUUGGUUAUUCAUUGGCGUUCAAACUGCUAUGCCGAAGCAAAUGAAUUGGUCAAAAUUGUAUAAUGUAAGGCAGGAAAAGAAUGAGUCUCCCUCAGCCUUUUUAGAAAGACUGAAAGAAGCUGCCAAAAGAUAUACGGAUUUAGACAUAGAAACGGAACAAGCGAAAACUCAGCUGGCUCUAAUUUUCUUAGGGCAAUCUCAAGAUGACAUUCGAAAGAAGCUGCAGAAAUUAGAGGGUGCACAAUUAAAGGAUCUGGACGGGGCGGUGGGUCACAGAGCUACAACAAUUGUUGGUGCCACAGGGAAGGAGGAAGCAAUAGAAGAUGCAGUGAUUCCCACGGUAUGGGAAACUAACAUACCUGGGAAGUCAAAGGCAGCUAAACCUGUGAAAGUAGUGCUGAAAGAAGGUGCUGAACCGGUACGAUUAAGACAGUACCCAUUAAAAUUGGAAGCCAGAUUAGGAAUAGUAUCUUUAAUUGAGAAAUUUUUGAAAUAUGGAAUUCUAGAAGAAUGUGAAUCAGAAUACAAUACUCCAAUUUUUCCAGUAAAAAAACCUGAUGGUAGCUAUCGACUAGUCCAAGACUUACGAGCAAUAAACCAGAUCACUAAGGAUAUACAUCCAGUAGUUGCAAAUCCGUAUACCUUGUUAACAUCUGUGAAAGAGAAAUAUAAAUGGUUUACAGUACUUGAUUUAAAAGAUGCCUUCUUCUGCAUACCCCUUAACCAGGAAAGCAAAAAGCUAUUCGCUUUCAAAUGGGAAAAUCCACACAACGGGAGAAAGGCCCAAUUAACCUGGACACGCCUUCCACAAGGAUUUAAGAAUAGCCCAACUAUCUUCGGAAAUCAACUAGCCAAAGAGCUUGAGGAAUGGACUACGAGAGGCCAUAUCGGAAUUCCUCGACAAUGGUAUUUGUUGCUGCAAUAUGUGGAUGAUAUUCUGAUUGCUGCUGAGACCCAAGAACUUUGCAUUCAGGUAACAAUUGAAAUAUUGAAUCAAUUAGGAACGAAUGGAUAUAAAGUGUCAAAAAUAAAGCUCAGAUUGCAUCCACAACUGUGAUCUAUCUAGGAUGCGAGCUUUCUCAAGGACAGCGAAGACUAGGUAUAAACCGUGUACAUGCUAUCUGUGCGAUCUCAGAACCGCGUAACUUACAUGAAUUAAGAUCUUUUCUAGGAAUGGCAGGAUGGUGCAGG